ACGCUCUGGAACCGAGCACCCAACCGGUCAGGCUCAAACAUCAGUUGGCUCGCGGGCUGGCAGCUUUCAACUUGAUUUUGGCGGUUAACAGCGUCCGAAACGCGUGUGUGGUUCAUUGAAGUUCGAUAUGUGUUUUGGAAAACUUCAUCAAUCGUUGUGGUUUAAAGUUUGGUGGUUUCAAAGGGUCGUGCUCAGGUUCUGGGGUUCAGUGAGUUGAACGUCUCGAUCUUCGUACUUAAAGAGACAUUAACAAAACUUCUUUUUUUAUUAUCGUUUAAUUUUGUAUUAAUUAUGUCUCAAAUGUUUCCGGUCGAAAUGAGAAUUUUAUUUUGUGCCUUUAUUUUGGGAUUUGCUCAAUCUUUGCCGCCAAUGUAUCCUGAAGCCAUCAGUAUAUGUGACUCCAAAGGAGAACUGGCUCUACCAUCGAAGGGCGAGGCCAGUGCUCAGACCGUUACCUUACAAGAGAGUGCUCUGUCCGAGGCUAUGUCCCUAUGCCGUCUCAAAGUUACUGCUCCAAAAUCGCAUGUUGUCAACCUGCAAUUUUUGGAUCCAGUUAACGAAACGAGAAGGACUGAAAAUGAUACAAAGGAUCAGGGCAAAAAACCUUCCUGUGUUAUGAGCAUUUAUUUACCUGACAAUACCAAAGCGCCUUUCUGGAAAGGGGAUCCAUGCUCAGAAGAAAAAUUGCCAGAUGUUGACUUACUCACAUCGGAAUUCAAAAUACUUUGGACGCCUCCAAAUAAUGAAACCAUACCUGUUCUCCAUAAUACUUUUCUUCUCACAGCUGUUGGAUCAGGUUCAUUCUGCAAAGACCCGUUCCAGCACACAUGUAUGCGUAUCGGUAACAUUCCAAUGCUGUGCAUAUCGGAUCACCUGGUAUGUGACGGUUACCCGAACUGCCCAAAAAGCUCUACAAACAACGAUGAAGAUCCCAGACUAUGUAAAACUGCCAAAAACGCUUGGGAAAAAUUCGUCGUAGAAUUGGUGAAAAAAUAUAGACCACAAUCCGACGGUGAGGGCCAGUAUGCGUUAAAACCAAACUUUAAUUCUAGUGAUGAGUGGUUUGAGUGGCAGCUAACUAAGAAAAAUGCAACAAAACCACCAGUACUCAAUGAAACCCACAGUGCUACUGAGUCCAUCUCCGCAAUGCUUAACAAAUACGGACCUUGGGGCUAUCUAAUGAUGGGUCUCCUCAUUUGUGGCACAGUACUUUUCUUCUGCGGCCUUUGGGAGUGUUGUUGCAAAAGACCAAAGCCCCGAGUUGAUGCGCCAUGUCGGGACAGCCCUAACACAGUCAUGGUGAUGGACUGUGGACACGCAGUCACUAACCCAAUGCCACCUCAAUAUGAUGAGUUGGAUUUACCGCCAUCUUAUACUACGUUGUUUCCCGCAGAUGAAGGGAGAUAUACAUCAGUAUCAGAGGACACACAAGAGCCAGUGGCGUCAAGCUCGAGUGAUGAAAUUGAAAAACCUGAAGAUGUAAACCAAAGUUUAAAUGAGGAGAAUAUUGAAACACGCGUGGCACAGGAGACAGUUUAAAAUGAGAAUGAUAGUACUAGCCGAGAGCGAACAUUAGAAAACGAUGAUAAUGAUAAUUAUUCUGAUUCAGGGUAGAAUAACAUUAUAAUCGUUAAUUUUGUUUGUUUUUUUUUUGUGUGAUAUUACGACUGAUCUAUUUAGAGCUUAUGGCCAUCACGCGUGUUAUAAUAUUUAUAAUACUUAUUAUAGGUAUGUACCUAGCGUUUUUUUUUUAAGUGUUUUUAUUUAUCUGACGUGUGAUUUUUGCAAUUAAAAAUAU